AUGGCUUCAAUUCCCGCACACCGACCGAGUUCUUCACGAAUGGGACCUGAGGCCGCUGCGGUAGCGGCAGCCUCAACAUCCCAGAACCACCACACCUUGUACUCCUCGGAGUCAUCUUCCAAUCCGGCCAUCUCAGACUCUCCCUCCCACUAUUCGUCCUUCUCCAGCUCCGAUAGCGAUGAGCCACUCACGCAUUCAAUCGAGGUCACCGACGAAGAUGCUGCCGGGGAUGUGGUGGGGGUUAGUAUUGGCCGUGAACAGAGCCGUAUGAAGGCUCGCGCCACACCUUUGGAAGAGAAGAAUCGGGUGCUGGAACACCAGGGAGGCUAUUUUGCAAACAUACCAGAUACCGUGGGCGAAGAUGGUCUGUUCGUGUCGGAACUCACGGCCGAGCCUGAGUCUGUGGCCGGUCUCGAGCCCGACUCGGUAGAGCCCAAGGUGGGAAAAGCAUCGCGCGAACAAGGUCCUGAAGAUAAGCGGCGGACAACACGCACUCCCGUGCAGUAUAUAGAACCCGAGCAAACCCUUCGGCAUGGCCCUCGCAGUGAUCUCUUCGCUGCGGCCUCUGAGAAGCCCGGGCCGAAAGAUACGGCCGCAAACCAGCGGUCUGGUUUUGUCGGGGCCUUGUUGAAAAACACAUUGCCUCGCCGACCACGCGCUUGGUCUGGCGAGCUGAAGAAAUUCCUGCCGGACCUAACUUCUCUGAGGAAGCGCCCGUCGCUCUCGUUCCGAGUCCCUAAUGGGCAAAAUCGAAUCCGUAGCCAGACGGUAGCUCCUCCAGCCAAGAGCAAUCUGGGAAUGCCAAAAAGAACAUCAUCACUGGACCGGCGUCGCCCAUCAUCACCUGUUGCGCCAACCACCGUUAGCAAUGACGAUGAUGGAGAAGCCGCUCAGGAACUAUCUGAGCUGCGUUCGCCCGAUGGAACCUCGGCCGCGAAGUAUUCUUUUACUCGGAGGCCUAGCACAGCCUUGCCAGGUCGCCCACCAAGUCUGCGGAGGUCCUCAUCGGAUCAAUCACUGUAUCUGCGUGCGUCAUCUACUGCAUCUUCCUUAGAGCAGCGACCGCUUUACGAGAAUGUACACUCGCAGGUGAAUAGCCGGUUCAAGGCGAUCAAGGAUAGUCUCCAAGACUCGAGUAGCAGGCUCCUCAGCAUGCCGGCUCUCCAUCUGCAGGAUAUCCGCACCGACUGGGGCUCUCGCCCGUUCCUUCCAGAGCUGGGGAACGGCUCAUCAAGUAACGGCAAUGGUGUCAAUGGAAUCGACAAGGGGGAACACCCACAACGUACCGAAACCCCGCCUCCACCUCUGCGAAACAAUCCUAAUUCAACGCACCCGGCCUUGGAUGAAGCAAUGGCAGAUCUCACAGGUGAUGUUGUGAUUCUGGGAGGCUACCGAGGAUCAAUCCUGCGGUCCGCCAAGCCACCUCAUCGUCAACUCUGGGUGCCAAUGAAGGUUGGCCUGAACCUGCGAAAAGUAGACUUGGAGGUUGGUCUGAAUCCAGAGGAUGAGGAACGCAUGGAGGAGACCAUCAUACCAUCUGGUGUCCUCUCCCAUGUCGGUCCGGUGGACGUCUGCCGACGGUUGAUGAAGCGGCUGCGUAAGAGCGAGAAUGCCUUGCGUGGUGAUUUGCGCGUUCACGAUUACGGAUACGACUGGCGACUCAGCCCCGAGCUGCUCUCGCGCAGGCUCAUCGCCUUCUUGGAAAGCCUGCCAUGCAACCAGGAGCCUGCACCCGGGCAACCCGGACGCGGCGCUACAGUCAUUGCACAUAGUCUGGGCGGUCUGAUAACACGACACGCAGUCAACGAGCGACCUGAUCUAUUCGCAGGUGUCGUGUACGCAGGCGUACCACAGCACUGCGUGAACAUCCUGGGACCCCUCCGCAGCGGCGACGACGUCCUCCUCAGCUCACGCGUGCUAACAGCACAAGUCAAUUUCACAUUCCGCACGAGCUUCGCCCUCCUCCCAGAGGACGGCCACUGCUUCAUCGACAAGCAAAGCAAAAAUGAGUUCCGGAUUGACUUCUUCAAUGCCAAAACCUGGGAUGAUCAUCGUCUGUCCCCUUGCAUCGGCCCAGCCCUGCCCGCGCCCACAACCACCAUCGGCAGCGUCAGCAGCCUCGGCUUGAAAGACAUCCCCAUUAUCGGCAAGCGCUUCUCCAUGCCGCCGCGUGAUGACACAGACGAACUCCUCCAAGACCACCACAAUUUCCCCGACGAAUAUCACGGACACCACCCUGUUGCCACAACGGACAGGGACGUCUACUCCCGGAAUCUUCCCCAUAAUCCUCCCCACAACCCACACCCCCAGAACCCAGCCAUGUAUGCUGCAUACGCCGCCGAAAAAGUCCAAAACCCGGCCGACGGCCUAGUCGGCCCGGCAGCACAACCACGCAGCAGCGCCAUAACCAACAAAAUCGCAACAACGAGCACGAUCCCGCGCGCCGUGGCGAUGGAGUAUCUCCAGCGCACGCUGGACGAAACAAAGCGGUUCAAGGAAAACCUCGCUUUCCGGCCGACGCACCACAGCGAGAACCGGUAUCCGCCUGCGGCGGUGCUGUACGGGAAGAGCGUGCCGACGGUGUACGGGGCGCGAGUUGUAUCGCGGGAUACCAUCAAGCAAGUUGAUGCAUAUGAUGAUCUUGCGUUUGCGGCUGGGGAUGGAGUUUGUCUCGCUUCUGCAGCGAUGCUGCCGCCUGGAUACCGGAUCAUCAAGGAUGGGCUAGUGAAGAGUGAACGUGGACAUGUCGGGUUGUUGGGAGAUCUUGAGGGGGUGGGACAGUGUCUUCGGGCUCUUCAUCGGGGGCGGAAGGAAGGUGUUGGGUUGGGAGAGAAGGAAUUGUGA